AUGGCGAAUAGAGUAAGAAGAAUGAUUCGUGAAGAAGUUGGGGAUGGAUACUUUUGUAUUCUUGUUGAUGAAGCACAAGAUGCAUCUAAGAGAGAACAAAUGGCUAUUAUUUUGAGGUUUGUGAAUGGUCAGGGUAUUUUGACGGGACGCUACUUUGAUAUCAAAAGCGUUAGCGACACCACAUCAUCAAGUCUAAAAGAUGAGAUUGUAAAUGUUCUUGCUCAACAUGAACUUGAAGUGUCAAAAAUGAGAGGCCAAGGAUAUGAUGGUGCUAGUAAUAUGCAGGGCGCUUGGAAUGGACUUCAGGCAUUAUUUCUUAGAGAUUGUCCAUUUGCGUAUUACGUCCACUGUUUCGCUCAUCGAUUACAGUUGGUAUUGGUUUAUGUAGCUAAAGAAGUUGAUGUUAUUUGGGAGUUCUUUUCUCAUCUGGACAAUAUUAUCAACAUUAUCACUUCUUCCCCUAAGCGCGUUACGGAGUUACAAUAUGCUCAAAGAAUUGAAAUUGAGCAUAUGCUAGCUAUUGGGGAGCGUGAGUCGGGAAGUGGAGCGAAUCAAGUGGGUAAUUUACAACGAUUAGGAGCAACUCGUUGGAGUUCUCAUUAUGAAUCUAUAAAGAGCUUAAUAGAUAUGUAUAAUGCAACUUGCGCAGUGUUUGAAAAUCUUAGUGUUCAUUGUCCAAAUGGAAAAUCUCAAGGUGAAGUUCGUGGUACUUACAAACAAAUGAAAAGUUUUGAUUUCGUGUUCAGUUUGCAUUUAAUGCAUACCAUCAUGAGAAUAACCUAUGUUCUUUGUCAAGCCCUUCAAAGGAAAUCUCAAGACAUCCUGAUCGCUAUGAGAUUCAUUUCUACUACAACAAAAUUCCUCCACAAAUUAAGAGAUGAUGAUUGGAAAGAAUUUCUUGAGGAACCCGAUCUAGAAAGUUUAUAUAAGGUUGGUCCUUGCCGUUCUCGUGAUCCAAUUACAAUGAAGCAUCAUUAUCACUUUGAUGUUUUCAAUGAAGCAAUAGAUUACGUAUUGAUGGAAUUAAAUACAAGAUUUAAUGAUACAUCAGUUGAACUUCUCACACUUAGUGCAGCGUUGGAUCCUAGGGAUUCAUUUGCAUCAUUUAGUAGUCAUGAUAUUUGUACACUUGCUGAGAAAUUCUAUCCUGAAGAUUUUCCAAAGGAAGAUAUUCGUACUUUGGAAUAUGAAUUGCGACACUAUGAGCUAGAUAUGAAUACUGAAUCUCGAUUUCAAGAAUCUACACUUGUUGAGUUAUGUUGGCAGUUAACUGAGAGUAAAAGAUCUGAGAUUUAUGUUAUGGUUACUAGACUUAUUCGUCUUGUACUGACUUUACCUAUUUCUACCGCGACUACCGAGCGAGCAUUUUCAGCAAUGAAAAAUGUGAAGACGGAUCUUUGUAACAAAAUGGAAGAUGAAUUUCUUGCUGAUUGUAUGACACUCUUCAUCGAACGAGAACUUGCUCAAAAGAUAGAUAUAGAUUCUGUGAUAGAUGAAUUUUAUGUCUCAAAACCUUGUCGAGAUCAGCUUCAAAUUAAAUGA